AAUUGUAAUAUACUAAAUACUAAUAUAGGUAUACUUAUAUACUUUUUUAUUAAGAUUUAUAUAUUUCAUCAGUCAUUACUAAUUAGUGUAUGUUACGUUUGAAAAAAAGAUGGUUAUGAUUUAUUAGAUAUGUUUGGUGUCAAAUUUAUACUAUAGGUAACAGUUAUUGACUAUCUCAAACAGAGAUAACUAAGUUUUACAAUAAGUAGAAAUAUUAAAAUUAAUUAACAAAAUGUUGAAAUCAUUCUUAAUUGGACUAUGUAGACAUAAGUCUUCAUUAGCCUCUGAAAAUAUUAUUACAACUAUCAAGUCAGUUAAUUCAUAUCGAAUAACACUUUCAGAUCCUAAAACUAGAAAUACUCUAUCUAUUAUUGCACUUCAACGUUUAAUUGAAGAAAUAAAAAUUGCGGGGGAUGAUUUAUCAUUAAAAAGUAUAGUACUAUGUGGAAAUGGACCAGUUUUUUCUGCUGGGCAUAACCUCAACGAGCUUAGCAUACCGGAAAACCAAAAAAUUAUAUUCUCAUUAGCUACGAAACUUAUGAAUACAAUGAUAGAAUGUCCUAUACCUAUAAUAGCAUGUGUUGAUGGUGUAGCUGCUGCAUCAGGUUGUCAAUUAGUAGCAGCUUCAGAUAUGGCAAUUUGUUCAAACCGUAGUUCUUUUUCAACUCCUGGUGUAAACCUUGGUUUGUUUUGUUCUACUCCAGGAAUUCCACUGAGUAGAGUUGUGUCAAAAAAAACUGCUGCUUAUAUGUUAUUCACUGGUACAUCAAUCAAUGCUGAAGAAGCUCUUAGAACUGGUCUUGUUAGUAAAGUUGUUGAACCAGAAGAAUUAGAUAAUGAAAUUAUUAAGUUGACAACAUUAAUUGGUCAAAAAAGCCGUUCGGUAAUUUCUUUGGGGAAGACGUUUUUUUACAAACAAAUUGAUGAAAAUAUUAAAUUGGCUUAUAAAAAUGGAGAAAAAAUUAUGCUAGAUAAUUUGAAACUCUAUGAUUGCAAAGAAGGUUUACUUUCAUUUGUUGAGAAAAGAAAACCCAAUUGGUCAAAAUAAAAAUGAAGUGAAAUUUCCUUUUAACAAAUUAUUUUUUAGAACCAUAGCCAAAUUGGAACCACAUUUAUAUAAUUUUAUUUUUAUUUUUUGCUCGUGAAACUUUGUAAUAUAGAAGUUUCCGUGUAUUAUAAAUUUAUUGUUGUUAA